AUGCGAGACGCUUCCGCCAGCGAGAGCAACAGCACCUCCGCCUCAGCCACAGCGGCCGCCGACGACGAUGAGGGCAAGACAAUCUCAGCAAACGACAACUCUGACGAUCGCGAGGCCGGUCCCUCUAGCCCGCGCUCCUCUCAGACGCUCCGUCAUCAGGAACCUCUGGACCCUGAUCUCCUGGCCUCUUAUCCAAUCUAUCUGUCCACCUCACUACCUCCCUCCUCCUUCCUCCAUCUCCUCCAAUAUCCCACCUUCCCACGCAAUCAGCCCCUUCCUGUUCCCGAUGUUGCACGCCAACGUGGCCUCACGCAAGCGAUCAGGUGGCGCCCGCAGUCAGGAUGGGUGCAGGUGGAACUCCCCCUCGACUUGCGUCGCAGUGUCUACGAUGAAGAAAAGGGCGGGGAGAUGGGCAAAGGAGCGCACGCUGCUGGAGGCGAGAUCGGAUCCAAGACCACACAAGCGGACUCGGAUGACGACGACAUAUCGUCGGGCAAGAGGAGCGGGAAAAAGAAGAAGAAGGCAAAGAAGGAAGAAGAGGCGAUGGAUUUAGAUGGGUUGGCCCCGCCAAAGAGGUUGGAAAAGAUUAGAUUGGAGAGCGAGGUCAUGCCGCCUAUGACGCACUAUUGUGUGGGGGUGAUGCGUGAUCAGGCCCUCCAUCUCACCCAUUUGGACAGGGUCGUCCAGCUUCGGCCCUCCAUGCACCACCUCGACGGACUAGACACGAUGGAAGCCCAAGCCAAGCGCAUGGAAGCCAAAGCCAACGCAGACGAAGAAGGCUCAGACAAUGACGAGGCCGCAGCAGCCGCAGCUGCCAAGAAGAAGAAGCCCACCUCGGUCAACGUGACCGUCAAGGGAGAAGCGGGCCAAAGCGGCGGCCAGCCUGGUCGUGGAGGACCUGGUGGGGGCGCAGGUCCGAUGGAUGCCAAGGAUACGCUCAUGGCUGCAAAGAGGUUGGCAGAGGCGGAGAAUUGGGUCGAUUUGGAAUGGAGAGACGCUCAAGGGAGGCAUGCGGGAGAGGUCAAGAACAUCAUGGCCGCGCAGCUCUUUGCUGGCAGUAAGAGGGAGCUGAAGUGUACGACGAAAGCGCGCGAUUACUUGCCGCCGAAGGAGUAG